AUGGAUAUUCUGAUUGUGCUUCUUGUUGGUCUUCUAUCAUCAUUAGGUGCAGCUGCCAUUACAGUUCCACCACCUCUAGCCUUGCCGGGCUGCCAAGAGAAAUGUGGAAAUGUAACCAUACCCUACCCAUUUGGCAUUGAAGAGGGAUGCUUCAUGGCUGAUAAGUAUAGUUCUUAUGGUAUAAGAUGCGAGGCCAUUAACGGCAGCAGCAUCAGACCUUACAUGGGAAAUGAGACAGACCUCGAGGUCCUUGACAUAUCACUGGAUCUGCCAGAGGUAUGCCUCAGUAGUUAUUAUGCUUUUCAGUGUUUCAAUUCCUCUGGACCACGAGCUCCUCGGCAAAACUACUGGAUGACCAUGGGAGGAACACCCUUCACCUUCUCGGCGACCCGAAACAAGUUUAUAGCCAUCGGAUGCGACACAAUGGCAAACAUAUAUGACCUUGUGGAUAAUAACUUCACCCUUGGGUGCACCUCGUUGUGCAAUGACUUGAGGAGUGUGAGGAAUGGGUCUUGCUCUGGAAUUGGCUGUUGCCAGACUUCAAUCCCUUUCAAACUCAAACGUUUCUACAUAAAUGUUUUGAGUUUAUAUAACCACACAAGGAUCUGGAAGUCUAAUCCUUGCGGCUAUGCUUUCUUGGCUGAUCAAGAGUGGUUCACCUUCAAAACUUCAGAUCUCUUUGUUGAUAACUUAGACAAUUUGACUAUUCCGGUGGUUAUGGAUUGGGCGAUUGGGAAUCAAACAUGCGAAGAAGCAGUUCGAGAUACACAGUCAUAUGCUUGUGGUCCAAAUAGCUAUUGCUCAAAUUUUACAAAUGGCCCUGGCUAUCAAUGUUUCUGCAAAAGUGGUUUUGAAGGAAACGCAUAUCAUCCUCAAGGAUGCAAAGACAUUGAUGAAUGUGAGAAGGGAUACAAUAAUUCUUGCUCCCCGAUUGCUAUUUGCACUAACACGUAUGGGAGUUACAACUGUUCUUGUCCACAAGGCUACUAUGGCAAUGGUUGGUUAACGGGGACCCGUUGUACCCAUGAUGCAAAUUCUCCUCCAUUGAUAGGCAUUAUUUUAGGUGUUGGUCUAAGUACUAUAUUUCUACUAGCCUGCAUUUAUUUUUCAUAUUGGACAAUCAAGAGAAGAAGACUCAUCAAACUCAGAGAAAAUUUUUUCCAACAAAAUGGGGGUUUUCUAUUACAGCAACAAAUAGCUUUGCAUAAAGGUGUUGAAGAAACUGCCAAGAUUUUCACCAUAGAAGAGCUAAAGAAGGCAACCAAUAACUUCCAUGAAAGUCGAAUACUUGGCAAAGGGGGGCAAGGUAUAGUUUUCAAAGGAAUAUUAUCUGGUGGAAAAGUUGUGGCAGUCAAGAAAUCCAAAAAAAUAGAUAAAGGGCAGAUUACAGAGUUCAUAAAUGAGGUUAAUAUCCUUUCUCAAAUCAAACAUAGAAAUGUGGUAAAGCUCUGGGGAUGUUGUUUAGAGACUGAGGUUCCAUUGUUAGUUUAUGAGUUAAUCUCUAAUGGAACCCUCUAUCAACAUAUCCAUAACAUGAAUCCUGCACUUUCUAUUUCUUGGGAAAUCCGUAUAAGAAUUGCUGCUGAAACAGCUGGAGCACUAGCAUAUUUGCACUCUGCUCAUUCAGUACCCAUCCUUCAUAGAGAUGUCAAGUCUGCCAAUAUAUUAUUAGAUGAUAAUCGCAGGGCAAAAGUAUCAGAUUUUGGGGCUUCAAGAUUUGUUCCUUUGGAUCAAACUCAAAUGUCAACCCUAAUUCAAGGGACCAUGGGGUACUUAGACCCAGAAUGCUUUCAUAAUGGCCAUUUGACUGAUAAAAGUGAUGUUUAUAGCUUUGGUGUUGUUCUUGCUGAGCUCUUGACUGGGAAAAAGCCACUUCCACCUGAAGGAUUUGGGGAACAAAAAAGUCUGGCAAUACAUUUUGUUUCUUCAAUGGAAGAUGAUAAACUUCUUCAUAUUCUUGAUGUUCGAGUGGUAAAUGAGAGAAAUAGAGAGCAGAUUUUUUCAGUUGCUGAGCUUGCAAGAAAAUGCUUAAAUGUUAAAGGGGAAGAUAGGCCAGCAAUGAAAGAAGUUGCAGCAGAGCUUGAAUCUUUCAGAAUAUUCUAUGGACACACAGGAUCACAACAUGAAUAUGAGGAAACCGAAAACUUCGAGGAUGAACCAUUAAUAAGUUCAAGAUGGACUGCUCUUCAGUCCUUUCUUGCUUCAAUUGAAGGGAAUAUUUCCCAGUGUUCCUGUGGUAAAGUUGAAACUUCAGUUUCCGUUGAUUUUUGGCCUUCAUCGAACUACAAUGAACUAUUACUGGAUGGUCAAGGAAAUAUCAAUUGGCUUACAUUGGAGGUUUCACAUCUAUCCAAGCCAAUCUAUAUGGGGCUUAGUGAAGUGCCCUGUCGUGGUCUUAGAGAUCUCAGAGACAUGGGGCUUAUAAAGCCUAUCCCAGGUCCCAGGAAUGUCUAUACCCCAUCUCAUCUUCUUUAUGUUGACGAUCUGUUGAUAUUUAUGGGUGUAGAUUUGAGAGGAAUCCAAUCUAUUAAAAAUUUCCUUGAUUUGUAUCAAGCUUUAUCAGGGCAGCUCAUUAACUUGGAAAAAAGAAAAAUCUUCCUUAAUGCCAUUUUAGCUGACCGCAAGCACGGGAUCAAAGAAAUUCUAAAAUUUUCAAGCUGUGACUUCCCUACGCGGUACUUGGGUGUUGAUAUCUUUAAAGGCCACAUCAAGAAGGAGAGGAUCCUCCCUUUGGUUGACAAGUUCAAAGCCAGGCUCGCUGGGUGGAAAGGCAGACUUCUCUCUUUGGUUGGAAGAGUAGAACUAGUAAAGAUUGUUAUAAGCAACCUCCCUUUGCAUAAGUUCUCAAUCUAUCUUUGGCCUGGCUCCUCUAUUGCCCAGAUGGAGCGCUGGAUCAGAAAUUUUAUAUGGAGUGGGGAUGCAAAUACUCCUAAGUCGAUUACAGUUAAGUGGGACAAUGUUUGUAAACCAAAAAAUGAAGGGGGUCUGCGCAUUUGUCGUCUGCGAGAUGUCAACAUGGCUCUAAUUGCGAAGCUCUGCUAUCUUAAAAGGGUUUGGGAUUUUGUUUGCGAUGCUGAGCAGUGGAUUGUUGGGGAUGGGUCCACAAUCAAGUUCUGGUAUGAUCGCUGGGUUGGAAUAGCUCCCCUAGUUGAUGAGAUUCUCCCUCCGAAUCAAACAGUCUGCAGCCCUUUGACUCAUGUUUCUGAUUUCAUUCAUGAUGGGAAUUGGAAUUUGACCCUGCUUAAUUCUAUGCUUUUCCAAAACUCUAGCAAUUGCAUUACAAGGAUCCCUAUUGCAACUGUUAACUCGGUUGCUAACCUCCUUUUGUCCAAAAAGAUCAAUGCCACAACCUCUCUGCCUCGAGCUUGGCAUAUCCAGGAAUUAUUCUGGAAAGCCCCAUCAAAUGGUUUCUUAAAACUCAACAUCAAUGGUUGUUCUCUUGAAAACCCAGGCCGAUCAGGAUCUGGUGGUAUAAUGAGGGACAGGAACGGAUCAAAUAUGCCCACCAAAGACAUUCGAGGGAAGAAAGAACCAGUAAAGAUAAGCGAAGCAGCCAUGGGUAUUCUGAUUGUGCUUCUUGUUAGUCUUCUAUCAUCAACAGGUGCAUCUGCCAUUACAGUUCCACCUCCUCUAGCCUUGCCGGGCUGCCAGGAGAAAUGUGGAAAUGUAACCAUACCCUACCCAUUUGGCAUUGGAGAAGGAUGCUUCAUGGCUGCUAACUAUAGUUCUUUUCGUAUAACGUGCGAGGCCAUUAAUGGCAGGAGCAUCAGACCUUACAUGGCUAAUGAGGCAGAACUUGAGAUCCUUGACAUAUCACUGGAUCUGCCAGAGGUAAGCAUUAGUAGUUAUUAUGCCUUUCAGUGUUUCAAUUCCACUGGACCACGAGCACCUAGGCAAAACUACUUGAUGACCAUGGGAGGAACACCCUUCACCUUCUCGGCAACCCGAAACAAGUUUAUAGCUAUCGGAUGUGACACACUGGCAAACAUAUUGGACCCUGUGGAUAAUAACUUCACUCUUGGGUGCACCUCAUUGUGCAAUGACUUGAGAAGUGUGAGGAAUGGGUCUUGCUCUGGAAUUGGUUGUUGCCAGACUUCAAUCCCUUUCAAACUCAAACGUUUCUAUAUAUAUAUUGCGAGUAUAUAUAACCACACAAGGAUCUGGAAGUCUAAUCCUUGCGGCUAUGCUUUCUUGGCUGAUCAAGACUGGUUCACCUUCAAAUAUUCAGAUCUUUUGGUUGAUAACUUAGACAAUUUGACUAUUCCAGUGGUGAUGGAUUGGGCGAUUGGGAAUGAAACUUGCGAAGAAGCAGUUCGAGAUACAGAGUCAUUUGCUUGUGGUCCAAAUAGCUAUUGCUCAAAUUUUACAAACGGCCCUGGCUAUCAAUGUUUCUGCAAAAGUGGUUUUGAAGGAAACCCAUAUCAUCCUCAAGGAUGCCAAGACAUUGAUGAAUGUGUGAAGGGAUACAAUAAUUCUUGCUCCUCGAUUGCUAUUUGCACUAACACGUAUGGGAGUUACAACUGUUCUUGUCCACAAGGCUACUAUGGCAAUGGUUGGUUAACUGGGACCCGUUGUACCCAUGAAGUGAAUUCUCCUCCAUUGAUAGGCAUUAUUUUAGGUGUUGGUCUAAGUACUAUAUUUCUACUAGCCUGCAUUUAUUUUUCAUAUUGGACAAUCAAGAGAAGAAGACUCACCAAACUCAGAGAAAAUUUUUUCCAACAAAAUGGGGGUUUUCUAUUACAGCAACAAAUAGCUUUGCAUAAAGGUGUUGAAGAAACUGCCAAGAUUUUCACCAUAGAAGAGCUAAAGAAGGCAACCAAUAACUUUCAUGAAAGUCGAAUACUUGGCAAAGGGGGGCAAGGUAUAGUUUUCAAAGGAAUAUUAUCUGGUGGAAAAGUUGUGGCAGUCAAGAAAUCCAAAAAAAUAGAUAAAGGGCAGAUUACAGAGUUCAUAAAUGAGGUCAAUAUCCUUUCUCAAAUCAAACAUAGAAAUGUGGUAAAGCUCUGGGGAUGUUGUUUAGAGACUGAGGUUCCAUUGUUAGUUUAUGAGUUAAUCCCCAAUGGAACCCUCUAUCAACAUAUCCAUAGCUUGAAUCAUACACUUUCUAUGUCUUGGGAAAUCCGUUUAAGAAUUGCUUCUGAAACAGCUGGAGCACUAGCAUAUUUGCACUCUGCUCAUUCAGUACCCAUCCUUCAUAGAGAUGUCAAGUCUGCCAAUAUAUUACUAGAUGAUAAUUGCAGUGCAAAAGUAUCAGAUUUUGGGGCUUCAAGAUUUGUUCCUUUGGAUCAAACUCAAAUGUCAACCCUAAUUCAAGGGACCAUGGGGUACUUAGACCCAGAGUGCUUUCAUAAUGGCCAUUUGACAGACAAAAGUGAUGUUUAUAGCUUUGGUGUUGUUCUUGCUGAGCUCUUGACUGGGAAAAAGCCACUUCCACCUGAAGGAUUUGGGGAACAUAGAAGUCUAGCUAUACAUCUUGUUUCUUCAAUAGAAGAGAAUAAACUUCUUCAUAUUCUUGAUGUUCGAAUGGUAGAUGACAGAAACAAAGAGCAGUUUUUGUCAGUUGCUGAGCUUGCAAGAAAAUGCUUAAAUGUUAAAGGGGAAGACAGGCCAACAAUGAAAGAAGUUGCAACAGAGCUUGAAUCUUUGAUAAUAUUCUAUGGACACACUGGGUCACAAAAUGAAUAUCAGGAAACCGAGCACUUCGAGGAUGAACCAUUAAUAAGUUCGAGAAUCACUGCAACUGUUCAAGAGAGUCUGGGAGAUAGUUCCACUAUCAAUGCAAGUUGUCAGGGAAGACUGGGGGAUAGUGCCAUGCUAUCAUUACAGAACGGUCGUUGA